UAGUUCAUGUUCUACUUUCAGUCGAAACAAACAUGUCUGUCUCUCUUAACACAAAUUUUCCCCAGCCUUCUCUCAGGGUUGGAACCAAGCUUCACUCGGGAUUAAGACUUCAAUCACCAAGUUUUUUGGCAACUGGGACACCUAACCUGACUGCAGAAUUUUAUAGCAGGAUUCACAAGAGCCUCCAAUGCGGGACUCGGACUCAUAAACCUAUAAGGGGGCGCAUCGCAAUGAUGCCUAUAGGGACGCCAAGAGUUCCAUAUCGGACGCCUGGUGAGGGAACUUGGCAAUGGGUUGAUCUAUGGAAUGCCCUGUACCGGGAGCGUGUUAUUUUCAUUGGCCAAAAUAUAGAUGAAGAAUUUAGCAACCAAAUAUUGGCAACAAUGUUGUAUCUUGACAGUAUCGAUGAUUCCAAAAGGCUCUAUAUGUACAUUAAUGGUCCUGGUGGAGAUCUUACUCCCAGCUUGGCAAUUUACGACACCAUGCAGAGCUUGAAGAGUCCUGUUGGCACACAUUGUGUUGGCUACGCCUAUAAUUUAGCAGCAUUUCUUCUUGCAGCUGGAGAAAAAAAUAACCGCUUUGCUAUGCCUCUUUCAAGAAUUGCUUUACAGUCUCCAGCUGGUGCAGCUCGUGGUCAGGCUGAUGACAUUCGUAAUGAAGCUGAUGAGCUUCUUAGAGUCAGGGAUUACCUUUAUAAUGAGUUGUCUAAGAAAACAGGCCAGCCUGUUGAGAAGAUUAACAAGGAUUUAAGUAGGAUGAAACGCUUCAAUGCCCAGGAGGCUCUCGAAUAUGGGCUCAUUGAUCGUAUAGUGAGGCCCCCACGAAUUAAGGCUGAUGCACCUCGUAAAGAUGCUGGAACAGGUCUUGGUUAGUUUAUCUUUUAUUUUCCACCGGUUAGGCUAUAAUCCUUAAUAUAAUAUGUUUCAUAAAUUUAUAUUUACUUGUAUUAGCUAUUUUGAUGGAACUAUUUGCAUAGAACUUUUCUUGUGAUUGUUUUGAUAUAAAAGACACCCAAUGAAUGCUUCUAGUAAGCACUACUAUGCGGCCAUAUAUCAAACAUGAUGAUCUAAGGCAUGUCAUGCUCUCGCUGUUUAUGGUUGUGGUUCCUUUAAACUUCCGUACAUUUGAGAAUUGAGCCAUUUUGAACUUCAAUUUUCUAUCAUUCUGUGAGAAGAUUGAUUACACUGAAGUUGAGG